UGGGCUGCCAGCUGCGGGGGGCCACUGGCCAUGGGACAAGAUGGAGCGGGCUCCAGCUCUCCAGAGUCUGCUGCUCGUGCUCCAACUGAGGAUGGUGGUUUGCGCUUCUCUGCGCUUUUCCGUCAAAGAGGAGCAGGAGCCUGGCACUUUAGCAGGAUCGCUGAGUCUGCGCUUCCCGCCGCCGUACCAGCUGCUGAACCAGGACUACCUGUGGAUGGACCGCAGCACGGGCAGUCUCUACACCACUGAGCGCGUCCUGGACCGGGAGGCGCUGUGCCCGGAGGAGACGGGAGCGCAGGAAUGCAUUCUUCUACACAAUGCCAUUGUGGGGCCCCACGAGGACCUCAUACAGUUUCCUGUGAUCAUUGAGGACAUCAACGAUAAUGGGCCUGUUUUUGAGAACAAUGACAUUCACCUGAAUGUGUCUGAGGACGCUCCCCUAGGGGCCGCUCUGUUUUUGGACGUUCAGGCCCGCGACCGUGACGCUGGUCACAACGGGAAGCUGCGGUACGACCUGCCAUCUGCGGCUGGUGUCUUCAGCCUAGCCGUGGACGAGGAGGAUUUCAUGACGCUUGUCGUGCAGGCGCCUCUGGACAGAGAGACAAAGGAUGAGUAUCGAAUGGCACUGGUGGUCAGCGACUGCGGCUUGCAGCCAUUAAGCGCCACUGCAACUCUAAUAGUCACCGUGAUAGAUGUCAACGACAACUGUCCGCGCUUCAGCUCAGACAGCCCUCGCCAAGUGACGGUGUCCAGAGACUCAGCGAGGAACGCAGUGGUGGCUCGGGUCAGAGCCACGGACCCCGACUCGGGGCCAAAUGCUGCCAUCAUUUACUCCCUGCACAGCACGGUCUCGGAGCGAGCAAAAGGGCUCUUCAGCAUCGACCGGCAGACGGGAGACAUCCGACUGCAGGGAAGUUUCCAUGACUCGGAGCAGGAGGUUGUGUUGAAAGCGUCAGCCAGCGGCCCUCAAUGUGCCCCCCGUCACACUCAGGUCGUCAUCCUUGUGCUCCCCAAAACCAAGGCGGAGUCCAAGACAAGGAUAAAGGUGAGGUUCAUCGCAGAGCAUCGAAACCAAACCGUCGUCAUCCCAGAAAACCAGCCCCCGACGGUCCUGGCGCUGUUGGAAGUGGAGGGUGACGGCCGGGUGAAGGGCUCCUCUCUUGCCAUCCGGGGCCACGUACCCUUCACACUCAGUCCUCAGAACGGCAAAUAUCUGCUCUCCACAUCACAGCCUCUGGACUUUGAGACGCAGAGCAAGCAUCAUAUCUCCGUAGUGGCGGAAGGACCCGACGUGGUUCCUGCGCUGCAUGUGAUCGAUGUGUUGGUGUCGGAUGUCAACGAUAAUGUUCCGCGUUUCCUACAGACUCACUACCAGCUGGAGGUGGAGGAAAACAAGCCGCCUGCAGCAGCGCUGAUAACACUCUCCGCCUCAGAUGCAGAUAGUGGAAACAAUGGCAGAGUGUCCUACAGGCUGGAAGAAACAGGUGCCUUCAGCAUCGACCCAGCCAGCGGAGUCUUGUCUGCCUCAGCCUCACUGGACAGAGAGCAGCAGGCUUCCUACCAACUCACCGUGUUUGCCAAAGACUGCGGGUCACCGGAGCUGGAGUCUCAUGCCGCCAUAUUGGUGCGUGUCUUGGACCAGAAUGACAACCCACCGCUUUUUCUGAGCCAGCAUUUCAUCUUCUUUAUCUCGGAGAACGAUCCGCAGUUUGCACUGGUGGGGAAAGUUGGGGUGACGGAUCCAGAUGAGGGGGUGAACGGGGACACAGAGAUGUAUGUCGCCAACCACAGCGGGCCCUUUGUCGUGGAUAACCUCCGGGGGGCGCUGCACACCACAGCUAGCUUAGACAGAGAGGCGUGCGACCACUAUGAACUGCAUCUGCUGGCCAGAGACAAUGGGCACCCCACUUCUCUGACGUCCUCUGCUAAGGUCACAAUCUUCGUGGAGGACAUCAAUGACAACCGGCCGAAAGUGCUGCGUCCCAACAACAACUUCACCUGCCUGGCUGUGUCUCCGGCAACCGCCACAGGAACCAUGGUGACGAAGAUCUACGCGACAGAUGAAGACUCCGGCCUUAACUCAGAGAUUACAUACACAGUUGUGGACCAAGACCUGAAGCGCCGCAGCACCCCUUUCCACGUGGAGCCGACGUCAGGGAACAUCACUCUAGCUCGCCGUCUGCUGGUCGGGGACCUGGGCAUGCAUCACCUGCUGGUCAUGGUCAGCGAUGCAGGGAAGCCAGCCCCUCUUCACGCCACCGUGUGGGUCAAUCUUCUGGUCAACGAGAGCGCGGCUCCUUGUCAGCUGGACCGACCUCCUUCGUGGUCCGGCCCACCUGACCGUAUCUAUCAAACGCCAUCACGGUCCCGCAUCUGCGAGGUCAGCGCCGGCAGGUCUGCGCAGCUGACUCUCAUGCUUGGUGCUGGGAUGAUGGUGGCGUCCCUCUUCCUGCUACUGGUGACCAUGGCGGUGUAUCUAAAACACAGAAGAAACCAAAAGCAGAAGAAGAAGUGUCAAGAUGCAGAGAAUAAAAUUCCACUGAGGAUCAAAGACAAAUGUGAAAACAACUGAACCCCAGGUCUGUAACAACCAACUGGAAAUGAUUGUGGAAAACAUUUAUCUCUGGCAAUGAGAUUAUGGGAUUCUUAGUUGUCUGUUGACAAAACAACAAAAAAAAUUCAAUGAAAUUUUUGCUGGUGGAACAACCAUCUGGGUCUCCAAAUUUGAGGAACAAUCUGUGACUAGAGCUGGAGCACAAGCCACAGUUUUCUCUGUGUUGCGCAACACUACUGCCACCUGCAGUCCAAAUCAACUCAUUUGAUUUUUUAACAUUUAACAUUUCAAACGCUAAAAAGUAGGAGUGAUGUAAAUAGCUGCUAGGUGGAGUUCUGCGCUCUCUGAGUGCUUCAAAAUCUGUUUUCUAUUGGUUAUUCGAUGUACUUCCAUGAAAAGAUCGAACAUUCUCACGUGUCAAAUGCUCUGAUUUUGAAGUUAGAUUUCAGUUUUUGCAGUCGUUUUGACUGAAGAGAGUUUGACAGUUUAUAUUCGGGGCGUCAUGAUGAACUUUGGUCAGUUAUAUUUUUUAAUCACAUUCUAAAAAAAUCAGCAAAAAAAUCAUACAAGCAAUAUUGCAACCUUGAGCCUAAGCUUCAUAUUUAUCCAACGUGUGAACACAAACUGAAGAGAAAGAGACCAUCCUCACUCAGGUCACAGGUUUGCUGGGUGUGUCUCAGCACUCCGCCUAAAACUGAAAGGGACCCAGGACCAGACCGCUCGCUACACGCUUGGAAGUUUCUCAGCCCAAAGACUGGAGCUUGUCCCGCUCCACUUGUUGAUUUGUUGCUGUUGUGCGCGUCCUCUUCUCAGGACCGUAUGGAAACACGUAUUACACAAAGUGUUCCGUGUGAAGUCCAUCGGGCCGCAAUUAAUUUUAACAAUCCUCUUCGUGCAUUAUCCAAUGAUCUU